CUCGAAGUUGUGGUGUAAGAAAUGCUUGUAUUGAACGUCUGUCUCACUUGAACUCGAAGCAAAGCCGAAGAAGCUUAUCAAACCCCUAUUGGCAUGGUGUACGGGCUGCAUUGCAUGCUCUUGAUGAUUUAGAGAGAGAUAUUAUGCAGUGGAGCGGGUGGCUUUUGCUGUAGAUCAGCGUGUGCUUGGAAGAUGGAGGAACCAGACUUUGACGAGCUGGAAUGGAUGGCCCAGGGAGAGUUUCCUGACGAGGAAGAUUUCGAGCCUCCGGAGGACCUGGACGAAUUUGAGGAGGUGGUGGACACAUCCAAAAAGCGAGCAGCGGACGGCCAACCUGAGAGUAAACCCCCAGUUGUGCUGAAUGGCCUCCCAAAGAAGCCCCGAACGGAGGAACCCCCAGGCCCUUCCCAGACGGGGGCUCCAAAAGCUAGAGCCUGGUCCCCCCCGCGGCCAACAUUCGAUGAGCCUGCACCAGAUGAGGUUCCAAGCACGAGCGGUAGACAGGAGAGGGCGUGGUCACCACCGCGGCCCCCGUCUGGAAGGGGGGAUGGCGCAUGGUCUCCACCGAGGCCCCCCCCUGCAGAGGAUACAGGCUCGCCUUCGACGAGCGCCCGUCCCACAUCUCCCCCCCCAGCCAAGAAGCUGUCCCGCAUCGCAGCCGAGAUCGAGGGCGACUGCAUGCCAAUCACGGGGCCGACUGGCGAGCGGGUUUACGCACAGUUGGAUGGUGGAGGGGGGUCCAGAGUGACCAGUGCAAGGCAGUUGCGAGAGCUGUUUAAAGCGCCUGGGGACAAAAGUGAGGGGCUUGGAGGGAAGCCGUUGCUAGGGGAGCCGAUUGAGAAGUUGAUGGAGAGGAUCGAGCAGGAAAGGCUGGAGCAAGCGAUCAAGGACUCGGAGGUGCUGGCGCAGAAGCUGCAGGCUGCGUCCGAGACCGACGUCGAGAUGUCGGACGGUCCGCAGGAGGAGAUGCUCUGGGUGGAUAAGUACGCCCCGCGCGCAUUCACCGAGCUGCUGAGCGACGAGCAAACCAACCGGGAGGUUCUGCGUUGGAUAAAGGAAUGGGACCCCUGCGUCUUCCACCGCCCCUCCCGGCCCCCGACCUCCUUCGUAGCCCACGCCCCAGUCGCUUCCUACCGGGGAGGCUUCACCGCUCGAGGGGGCAGAAACAGCACGGGGCUUCAGCCCGGGGGAAGGGGGGGGGACCGUCCCGACUGGAAACAUCUGAAGGAGGCAAAGUUUCAGGGGCGCGGAAGGGGGUUUGGUGAGCAGCAGAAUGGGGGCAGAGGGGGAGGGAGGGGUUUCGGUGAGCAGCAGAAUGGGGGCAGAGGGGGAGGAAGGGGUUUUGGUGACGCCCUGCAAGCGCCUGUUUUCAAGAAGCCGAGCGAUGGGAGGCCGGAGCAGAAAGUGCUGCUGCUGUGCGGGGCGCCGGGCCUGGGGAAGACGACGCUCGCCCACGUGGCGGCUCAUCAUUGCGGAUACCGGGUCGUCGAGGUGAACGCGAGCGACGACCGCAGUGCGAACUCUCUCAAGCAGCGCAUCCUGGACGCAGUGCAGAUGCAACCGGUCAUGGGCGACCGGCGGCCCAACUGCCUGGUCAUUGACGAGAUCGAUGGCGCGUUGAACGGGGCGGAGGGGAAAGGUGCAAUCGACGCGCUUCUGGCGAUCGUAAAUGCCGGCGCAUCUGGCAGCAGAGACUCGGACAAGGAUGCAGACGAGGCGGGGGGCAAUCACUUGGCGCCCAGCAAGAAGAAGAAAAAGAAGGGCGCCGUCAAGAAGCUCUCCCGGCCGGUGAUCUGCAUUUGCAACGACAUGUACGCGCCCGCGCUCCGGCAACUGCGACAAGUCGCCAAGGUUUUCGUGUUUGCUCCCCCGGCACCCAGUCGGCUGGCGACCAGGCUAAAGUUCAUCUGCACCAAGGAGGGGUACAGCGCCGACACGCGCGCGCUGACGGCGCUCUGCGAGCACACAGAGUGCGAUGUGCGCGCGUGCCUCAACACCCUCCAGUUCCUGCACCGACGGGGCAAGGCGCUCCGACUGGCGGACAUCUCGUCCCAGGUGGUGGGCCGGAAGGACAUGACCCACAACGUGUUCGAGAUCUGGACGGAGCUCUUCCAGCGGAAGAAGAGCAAGGCCGGAACCGGAACCGCGCUCUCCGGCUCGCCCGCCAUGCAGGGGACGAUGACGCGGAACGCGGAACAGCAGGAGUUCCACCGGAUACAGAACCUCCUGAGCGGCUACGGCGAGCACGACUUCGUGAUGGAGGGCGUCCACGAGAACUUUCUGCGGAUGCGCUACCACGAGGGGACGCUCCAGAAGACCGUCGAGUGCCUCGAAUGGAUGGGCGACUCGGAGCUCAUGAGCCGACGCGUGCACUCGAGACAGCACUUCUUCCUCAUGGCGUAUCAACCGGCCACUCUUCAGGCCGUCAGACGGUUGAUCGCCAACCCCGAGCGGCCCCACAUUGAGUUUCCCAAAACUUACAACAAGUUCCGCGCCGACCACUCCUCCCAGCGGCAGCUGCUCCAGUCGUGGCAGAUGGAGAUGGACCCUGGGGUUGCCCGGGGACUCAACCCGAGCGCCAUCAUCCGGGACCUGGUCUCCCCGCUGCUCGACAUCGUCGCACCGCCCACUCUCCGACCGGUCGCUUCUCAGCUUCUCUCCGAGAAGGAGAAAGGCGAGGUCUCCGAGCUGGUUGACACCAUGAUCGGGUACGGCUUCACUUACAAGUUGCAGACCGGGUUUGGUGUCAACCCGGGUGCCGGUCCGCAACUCGAUCCUGCAUUGGGAAGGCUCGCCGCCUUUGAGGGCCGGCCCUUCCAGCACCGCGAGCUCACCGUCACCCUGCGGGAGAUGCUGGCUCACGAGGUCUCCCUGCAAAUCAUCCGAAAGGAGGGCGCCGCACGUGCCGCUCGAGCCGCGGCCGUAAACCCCUCGAAGCUUGGUGACGUCAGCGGCAGCCCCGCUGACGUCACCAGGAGCCGGCCCGCCAAGAGCCCCGCAAAGGCCGAGCCAGGCGCUUCGAAGAAUGGGGGUUUGAACGGCCGGGCGGAAGCGCCCCCCCGGAAGGCGGAGAAUGGGAAGCUGGAGAAGAAGGUCGUCAAAGCGGCGGCAAAGGUGUAUGUGAACUACUUUGAAAGGUUCAAGAAGCCCGCUCUAAAACGAAACGGCGUCGAAGAGGAGGCGGUCCCCGUGCAGUCCGUGACCAACAUCCGCGACGCGAUGCCCGUGCUCUACAAGUUCCACGAGGGCUUCACCAAUGCCGUCCGACGACCUGUCCUGGUAAAGGAUUUGCUAGGCUGAGGGUGGGGGAUUGGACAGUAUUCCCUCAGCAAGAAGCACAGUCCAUCUGCACUUUUGUCUCACCCUUUAUAGUAGAAUUGGCGUAAGCCAGAUGGGCCAUGACAGACUUCAAACCAUUCUAAGUGAGUCGGAGUUGAGCACUUUAUGCACCGCUGUCAAACAAGCUGUUUGCGCUCAUGUUAACUUGCAUCACACAUGUAAGUGAUGUGACAGAACAUCUGCAGUCUGAGAACGACAGGUGGGCAAGUGUUGACUGCAAUUUCUGCUCGGAGUUUGUUGAGCAAGCGUCGAGAUACACUCAGCUUAUCUACCAGAGCCACGCUUAUACUCGGGUGCCAUUGUAUGGCUCAUUGAGGCGUCAUGAUGGUCAUGAGACACAGCAAGUUAGGCCACAAUCUUCGCAUGGUACACAAUAAUCUGAGAUCGCUUCGUCACUAGGACCGAUGGCUAAUGAUUUGAGUUCGCUUCAACAAACUUUUCUCGGUUAGAUAUCCACCCUGCAGAUUCACUGAAACCCCAGACUAUGUCUUAUCAACAAAGUGCCG